CUGCGCAGGAAAGAGAGCCCUCAGUGCCCAGAACAUUUAACGUAAGAGCAGGAUAGACAUACUCACACACAUACUGCGCUAUCUCCCUAUCCGAAAGCAUUUGACAGAGAAAGUAGGAGUGAAUUCAAAACAACAACAACAACAACAACAACAACACAUUAUCCAAAAGGGCAGCACCCUAGUUGGAUUCAACCAGUGAAAAAACCCAACAUAUAUUAAUGAUUAUUAUUAUCAUCUGUUUUAGGGAAUGAGUAAAAGGGACACAUCUGAUCUGAACAAUAUUUUCUGAUAGAAAAUUUUAAAAAAAGUGGAUUUUACUCGUCUUGGACAAAAGGAAGAAAAAUAGAAGAAGACUUUUGAAGAACCAGAAGAAAGAGUGAAAGAAACAGAAGAGAAGAUAUCCUCAUCCUCAGCAGCAGUAGCAGUCUGACCCUGCUCUCUGAGGUGGACUGGUGAUUCCACUCUGCCCAGCCUCGCUGCACUCAUUUUCAGCCUCCAGCACAGCCUCAGGCCCCUACAGGUCCACUUCUCUGGAGGAUGGCUGCAGCCAAGACAGAGAUGCUCCUUCCAGCCCUGCAGAUUUCAGACCCCCUCAGCUUCCCCCAUUCUCCCAUGGAUAACUACCCCAAGCUGGAGGAGAUGAUGAUGCUGAGCUCCGCUGGGACCCCCUUCCUCUCUGCAUCAGCGCCCGAGGGAGCAGGCUUCGGAUCGGGGGAGCAAGGAGAGCAAUAUGACCACCUUGCUGGAGAUACGUUACCUGAUAUCUCCAUGAACUGUGAGAAGUCGAUGGGCGAGCAGAGCUACUCUACCCAGCGGCUGCCUCCCAUCUCCUACACUGGCCGCUUCACCCUGGAGCCAGCCACCAACUGCAGCAACAGCCUGUGGGCCGAGCCCCUGUUCAGCCUGGUCAGCGGGCUGGUGGGGAUCAACACCCCUUCCACCUCUGCCCCGCCCUCCUCCGUCUCUCAGACUGGCACCUCUUCCUCGUCCCCGUCCUCUAUCUCUUCCGUCACCAUUUCCUCUCAGAGCUGCAGUCUGAGCUGCUCUGUCCACCACAGUGAGAAUAUCCCCAUCUACUCAGCUGCUCCUACGUACUCCAGCACCAGCUCUGACAUCUUCUCUGACCAGGGCCAGGGCUUCCCUCUACCCGCGGGGGGGUCGCUCCAGUACCCCCCGCCAACCUACUCCAAUGGAAAGACGUGUGGCUCCAGCUUUCCUGUGCCCAUGAUCCCUGACUACCUAUUCCCCCAGCAGCAGGGGGAGAUAAGCCUGCUACAGGAUCAGAAGCCCUUCCAGAAUGGGUCUGGCCAGCCCUCCCUCACUCCCCUGUCCACCAUCAAAGCCUUUGCCACCCAGACGGGCUCCCAGGACUUGAAGAGUGUCUACCAGUCCCAGCUGAUCAAGCCGAGCCGCAUGCGCAAGUACCCCAACCGUCCCAGCAAGACACCGCCCCAUGAGAGGCCUUAUGCCUGCCCUGUGGAAACGUGCGACCGCCGUUUCUCCCGCUCCGAUGAGCUGACGCGCCACAUCCGCAUCCACACGGGCCAGAAGCCCUUCCAAUGCCGGAUCUGCAUGCGCAACUUCAGCCGCAGCGACCACCUGACCACGCACAUUCGCACGCACACUGGCGAGAAGCCCUUCCCCUGCGAGAUCUGUGGGCGCAAGUUCGCCCGCAGCGAUGAGAGGAAGAGGCACACCAAGAUCCACCUGAGGCAAAAGGACAAAAAGGCGGAGAAGGGCAGGGUGGCCGGGGCGGUGGCAGAGGCACCAGUAUCAGCCCCCUCCUCAGUCUCCUCUUACCCCUCUCCAGUCACAUCCUGCUACUCCUCUCCAGUCCACACCUCGUACCCCUCUCCCUCAAUCGCCACCUCGUACCCCUCUCCCUCCAUCGCCACGACCUACCCCUCUGUCUCCAUGUCCAUGUCUAGUAGUUUUCAGUCCUCCAUGGUCUCCUCCUUCCCCUCCUCCGUAGCCUCCAUCUACUCCUCUCCGGUCCCCACCCCGCUAUCAGACAUGCAUUCCACACUCUCCCCAAGGACAAUCGAGAUCUGCUAAACAAGAGAAAAUAUACUUUUUAUUCUUUCCUCCUCCUCCCCACCACACAGUACAGUCUCUUUGAGGGGAGAAAUCAGCAUCAAAAGACAUAUUCCCCUUCUGAAAAGCACUUCUCUGCCUGCUCCCUCUGCAAGCUCUGUUCAGUGCUCAAUCCUCAGAUUCACCCGAAGAAGAGAUUAAAACACAGGUCAAGGACCGGGCAAAGACAAUAUAGAAUAGGAGAAAGGAGUUUCUCCUCUCAGUUGGUAAAGCAAAUGCAGGGCUUAAAACGAGGCAUAUGAGACUUUCUCGAGCCAUAGUUGAAACAGGUAAAGACCGGUUGGUCGUUCUUAUGAGUGAAAACAUAGAGACAGACAGACAAACUGAACAUCCAGUCGUCCUGUAACUAAGGCACUAAGAGACAGACAAACUGAACAUCCAGUCGAGCUGUAACUAAGGCACCAAGAGACAGACAGACGGACAGAACAUCCAGUCGAGCUGUAACUAAGGCACUAAGAGACAGACAGACGGACAGAACAUCCAGUCGAGCUGUAACUAAGGCACUAAGAGACAGACAGACGGACAGAACAUCCAGUCGAGCUGUAACUAAGGCACUAAGAGACAGACAGACGGACAGAACAUCCAGUCGAGCUGUAACUAAGGCACUAAGAGACAGACAGACGGACAGAACAUCCAGUCGAGCUGUAACUAAGGCACUAAGAGACAGACAGACGGACAGAACAUCCAGUCGAGCUGUAACUAAGGCACUAAGAGACAGACAGACGGACAGAACAUCCAGUCGAGCUGUAACUAAGGCACUAAGAGACAGACAGACGGACAGAACAUCCAGUCGAGCUGUAACUAAGGCACUAAGAGACAGACAGACGGACAGAACAUCCAGUCGAGCUGUAACUAAGGCACUAAGAGACAGACAGACGGACAGAACAUCCAGUCGAGCUGUAACUAAGGCACUAAGAGACAGACAGACGGACAGAACAUCCAGUCGAGCUGUAACUAAGGCACUAAGAGACAGACAGACGGACAGAACAUCCAGUCGAGCUGUAACUAAGGCACUAAGAGACAGACAGACGGACAGAACAUCCAGUCGAGCUGUAACUAAGGCACUAAGAGACAGACAGACGGACAGAACAUCCAGUCGAGCUGUAACUAAGGCACUAAGAGACAGACAGACGGACAGAACAUCCAGUCGAGCUGUAACUAAGGCACUAAGAGACAGACAGACGGACAGAACAUCCAGUCGAGCUGUAACUAAGGCACUAAGAGACAGACAGACGGACAGAACAUCCAGUCGAGCUGUAACUAAGGCACUAAGAGACAGACAGACGGACAGAACAUCCAGUCGAGCUGUAACUAAGGCACUAAGAGACAGACAGACGGACAGAACAUCCAGUCGAGCUGUAACUAAGGCACUAAGAGACAGACAGACGGACAGAACAUCCAGUCGAGCUGUAACUAAGGCACUAAGAGACAGACAGACGGACAGAACAUCCAGUCGAGCUGUAACUAAGGCACUAAGAGACGUUUUAUGUAUAUUGUACUUGUGCCAUGUUUUGUAAUUUUUUUCUAUUAUUUGGUACCAUUGAUGUGAAAAACAUAUUUGCAUAAUUGCAUUGUAUUAUUUGAAGUGAGCAGGGCCAUAUUUUGAAUUCUAAUACUUUCUCUGUAGUGAUGACGAUGAUGUGAUACGUUUUUGACUUUGUUUGAUGACGAAAUAAUUAUGCACUUAAGUAUUCCAGCAUGUGUUAAGAGUGAUGUUAGUUUCAAUUGUUUUGUAAAUAUCAUCCACUGGUACUAUCUUUCUCUUGCUCACAUCAUGUGACAUAUCAGUCUGUUAUGUGGACAAAAAAAACUUUACGUAAAAAAAAAAAUCCCAAAACCAAACCACCGUUCCUGUUUCUGGUGCCAUUUUGUGACGCCUUGCUGAUGCUUUGACACGUCUGCGUGCAAGAGAAGAUGCGUUGUGUCUCGCCUUAAGGGUUGAAGGGGUCGUUUUGUUACAGAAUGUAAGUCGUGCUCAGACUCUGAAGAAGUACAGAAAGGGGCGUGAUGACACGAGGACACUGCUUCAUUUCUUUAGCACGGAAGCAAAAGAGAGAAAUUAUAAACUAUAUUUUUGUAACUACAAGUGUAAAUAUCCACGACUUCAAGUUGGAAUGUUGUACUUACCUACUGAGUAGGCAUGGGAUUCUUUUGUAUGUUAUAUACAUGCGGUUCAUUAUUUUAUGGUUUAUCCUUAUUUUGUAUUUGUGUUUGUUAAACCAAGUGACUGUUUCUGGCUUCUCAACACAUUGAAUGCGCUUAACUGCCAAUGGGAUAUUUGGUGUACAAGAUAUCCUCCCAGAAAUGAAAUAUGAAUAAAAUAUAAAUAUAUGUAUA